CACCUCCACUUUAUCCAAAGCAGAAUGCUGAGUUUCAAACGGACCAGAACAGACCACGUGAGUUUCCUGUUUUGGAGAAGACCGAGCACAGAACUGCACAAUCAUCAGCCCCCCCAAAGUCAGUGACUCAGUGGGUCGUAUCUCGGGCUCCGUGGCCUCUUUCAGUGACAGUGACUUGGGCAGCGCAGUCUCCCUCCCGGCAGCCUCCUCCUCCGCGCGUUGUACCUUUAAAAGGUUGAACUCGCCGGUCUGCGGUCUGGGAGCGCUCGUCUCAGCCGUGUGUUUACCUUCCAGGAGUGACAUGGCACAGAGGCGGUGAUCUGUCAGCAGCAGCAGCAGCAUCCUGCACCAUGGCCGCUCUCCCACGGCCCGAGCGGAGAGGAGCGCGCGCCGCGCUGCACGCGAUGCUGCCCGUAUGGAUAUUACUGAGCGCCGUGUCUGGGCUGAAGGCGGACGACGACGCGAUGGAAGAACUUGCGACCGAGAAGGAAGCCGAAGAAAGUCACCGCCAGGACAGCGUGAAUUUGCUGACAUUCAUUUUGCUGCUGACCUUAACCAUUCUCACCAUCUGGCUCUUCAAGCACAGACGCGUCCGCUUCCUUCACGAAACCGGGCUGGCCAUGAUAUACGGUCUGCUGGUGGGUGUGAUCCUGCGGUACGGCAUCCCCGCCACCAGCUACCACAACAAGACCCCCCCGAGCUGCUCGCUGAAGGAGGGACCUGUCAGCACGCUGCUGCUCAAUGUCAGCGGCAAGUUCUUUGAGUACACGCUCAAAGGAGAGAUCAACUCCAGAGAGAUUCACAAUGUGGAGCAGAACGACAUGCUGCGCAAGGUCACAUUUGAUCCUGAAGUCUUCUUCAAUAUUCUUCUGCCCCCUAUUAUUUUCCACGCAGGCUACAGUCUAAAGAAGAGACACUUCUUCAGGAAUCUGGGCUCCAUCCUGACGUACGCGUUCAUCGGCACCGCUGUGUCAUGUUUCGUUAUUGGGAACCUGAUGUACGGCGUGGUCAAGCUCAUGCAGGUGGUCGGACAGUUGACCGACAAGUUCUACUACACCGACUGCCUGUUCUUCGGCGCCAUCAUCUCCGCCACAGACCCAGUGACGGUCCUGGCCAUCUUCAACGAGCUCCACGCGGACGGGGACCUGUACGCGCUGCUGUUCGGGGAAAGCGUCAUGAACGACGCCGUCGCCAUCGUGCUCUCCUCGUCCAUCGUGGCCUACCAGCCCAGCGGAGCCAACACGCACAUGUUCGACGCCGCGGCCUUUUUUAAGUCAGUGGGCAUCUUCCUCGGCAUCUUCAGCGGCUCCUUCGUGAUGGGCGCAGCCACGGGGGUCGUCACCGCUCUCGUCACCAAGUUCACCAAGCUGCACUGCUUCCCGCUGCUGGAGACGGCCCUCUUCUUCCUCAUGUCCUGGAGCACCUUCCUGCUGGCCGAGGCCUGCGGCUUCACAGGUGUUGUGGCCGUGCUGUUCUGUGGCAUCACGCAGGCUCACUACACCUACAACAACCUCUCCGAGGAGUCCAACAAGCGCACCAAGCAGCUCUUUGAGGUCCUUCACUUCCUGGCGGAGAACUUCAUCUUCUCCUACAUGGGCCUGGCGCUGUUCACCUUCCAGAAUCACAUCUUCAGCCCACUUUUCAUCAUCGGCGCUUUUAUCUCCAUAUUCAUCGGGAGGGCGUUCAACAUUUACCCUCUCUCCUUCCUGCUCAACCUCGGCCGACGGCACAGGAUCAAGGGCAGCUUCCAGCACAUGAUGAUGUUUGCAGGGCUGCGAGGGGCCAUGGCCUUCGCCCUGGCCAUCAGGGACACGGCCACCUACGCCCGCCAGAUGAUGUUCACCACCACGCUGCUCAUCGUCUUCUUCACGGUCUGGGUGUUUGGAGGCGGGACUACGCCCAUGCUGUCCUGGCUCCACAUCAGAGUCGGAGACGCCGAGCCUGAGCAGCGGCGGCGGCGGCAGCGUGGGAAGUGGGAGUACGUCAGGGUCGGCGUGGACCCAGACCAGGACCUGCAGCCCUGCGGGGACAGCUUCCAGGUCCUACAGGGGGACGGCCCUCAGGCUGAAGGACAGAGCAAAACCAAACAGGAGAGUGCGUGGCUCUUCAGACUGUGGUACACCUUUGAUCACAACUACCUGAAGCCCAUUCUGACCCACAGCGGGCCUCCACUCACCUCCACUCUGCCCGGCUACUGUGGGCCGCUGGCCAGCUGCCUGACCAGCCCCCAGGCGUAUGAGAACCACGAGCAGCUGAGGGACCAAGACCCCGACUUCCUUCACAACGACCGUGACCUGACCUUCACGUUCGGCGACACCGCCGUCACGGCCAACGGGGCGUCGGGCGCGGACGGGGUCGGAGGCUCCGGCUGGAGCGCUAACGGCAAGAGGAGCGGCAGCACCUCGGAGGAGGCGCUGGAGCGCGAGCUGGACUCGCGCGAGCAGGAGCUGCUGAGCCGGGGCACGCGCCUGGUCUUCCCCAUCGAAGAUCACGUCUGAGGCGCGCUGUCCACCUGCAUGGCCUCGCUCACGGAUCGUCCCGGCCCCAUCGCGCUGCAGGAACGUACAGUUCAUCAGGGACACGUCAUAGGAGACAUGUGGGCAGAGACGACUGUAGAAGUCACUGAGCAGCCAGAAUGAGUUUCAGAUUCAGUUUGACUGAUUUUCAACACAUGGACAAGAAUAUCCUCAUUCAACGGUCAGUAUGACCUAUUAAACUUGAUAGUUUGUGCACUUAUGUAAGCCAAUAAAAAAUUGCCUGAUAGCGCUUGUCAUCAAAAUAUAAGGACCAGCAUACGAUGAAACCAGACUGACACUCUGCUGAGUUGUUCUGUUGUUUUGUUGAAACUGGGAAGCUGCUAAACCAGUAACAACGCAGCGGUGGGAUCUCUGCUCAGUUUUGUACCUUUCAACUAAAGCUGCUUGUGAGGAUCUGCGUUAUCGCACAGCAGCAUCUGUGCGAUGGAGACGUGUGGCGCCUGAGAUACGGAGGGAAGGCCGGCGCUUUGCCCUGUCAUGCCAACGUUCCCCCAGAGUGGAAAUGCUUGUUCCGGUGCAUUCUUAUCACAAUUAGCACGGAAGCGUCUAUUUACUCUGCACGGUUAGUGUGUUUUUUUUAAUGUGACUGAUUUUACCCAAAAAAGUGGAAGGAAGUAUUUUGUUUUUUUGUUAAUUACAUUGUUUGACUGACCAACAGCAUUAAUGCUUUUAACUCUGCAUAAUUAUUGUCUACUCCAUAAAAUGAAGGAUGGUGAUCAUCCUGAUUGAUUUCCUGUUGCAGCAACAUGGUUAGUUAUCUUAAAGAAUCACUGCUGUCAAUCA